AUGGCAGAAGGGCCCCCUAACAACAAGGAGGAGAAGGAAAUGUCCUUGGCCAAAGAAGUGAGCCCUGGAGGCCAAGGGCAAAGUCAAGAGCAGCUGAAGACAGAAAAGACAGAGCAGGGAUCCUGGUCCCUGGGAGCCUGCCGACAGCGACAGAAGUUGGAAGCCAAGACUGCCAGCUCUGUUCUGGCCCCACCACUUUGGAAUAUGGCUGCCACCCGCCCCAAGAAAAUGGUACUGGGACCCAGUUUGCCCUUGCCCCGGGUGUUGAGAGAACCAGCUCAUGGUGAUGCCCACGAGUAUUCUGGGGGCUUCCAAGGCAUGUGGUUCCAGUACGAGCACAACAUGGAGGCAGAUGUGGUUGCAGAGAUUGGCCUGGAAGAGCUAAAUGGACUGGAGAUGGAAAUCAUAAGAAGGCAGCUACGUGCCAUCACCGGGCAUCUGCAGGCCCUGGAGGACCAGGGUGCCACCUGGCACCACAGGCAAGCCCUGCUGUUUACCAUGCUGGCGUCAUCCUGCGAUCACUUGUGGCUGUGGAUGCGGCACUGA